AUGGCUUUUCUCAAAAAGAAAGGAUUCAAAUUUAACGUCGAUCUAGAAUUAUUGAAAUUGAGCGAUAUGCCUCUCGUUAAUGCCGUCCUUUUUGCAAAGGUGAGACUAUUGGAAGGUGGCACUUUUGAAGGUGUAACUGAACGUGUUUUUUUAUUUAACCAUGCGGCAUGUUGGAAUGCUCGGUUUAAUUUUUCGUGCCGUAUACCACCGGACCCUGUCACUGGUGUUUUGGAGAGAUGUGCAUGUAGAGUAUCGUUGAGAAGGGAGCAAAAAGGUGGUAAAUCAUAUCAAAAACUCGGUUUUGUUGAUAUAAAUUUAUCACAGUUUGCUGCAUCUGGUGUCGAAGGAAUUACGCAGUCCUUCCUUCUUGACGGUUAUGGAGUUAAUCAGAGACAAGAUAAUUCUCGCAUAGUUGUCAAAAUUAUAAUGAGCCAUCAGAGUGCUGAUCCGAUUUUUAAAGUUCCUCGUAAAGAGUCAUCGAUGGAAGAGGAAUUUUUGAAUCCUGUUGAACGAAGAGCACCGCCUAGUGGAAAUUCGAAUGGUUAUCCAAAUCCAUCAUGCGUGGAUACAAUUUCAUCUCGUUCAUCAUCAGUUGAUGAAUUAUAUCAUGACUGUGAUGAUUUUUCGGUUGAAUCGCUAUAUUCACCACUGAUAACUUCGUUAGAUCCAUCAGACAAAAAUAAGCUAGGCAGAAUGUCGAUAUCUGUUCCUAAUGUACAAUCCUUUGAUGUCAUACGUCGCACCACAAUUAAUAAUUCAGCUAUACCACAGAAUAGAAGAUUUAGUCAAGACAGAUCACAGAUAAAAUGUUGCGAAAGUGGAAUUACACGAAUACAUGCGACAAGAGUCGAUGCUGAAGAUGUUAUUGACCAAAUGCUUGCUGAAACGGUUAUGCCAAGUAUAAAAAACCAUGAAGAUUAUUCAGAUCAGGGAUUAGCGCUAUUUGUUUCUAAAGAUGGCGAAGCAGUGAUUGGUGGAAACACUCUUCGUUCAAGUGGUUCUUUUGAACGAGUACAUAUUGCUGAUGCUGGCGUUACUUAA